AUGGCUGACAUGUACUCGUUCGGCUCGAGGUCGCCUUCGGCAGCGAGCAACGGCGUCAUCGAUCUCACGAAUGGCUCGUCGCCUGCUACGCCUCGCCGCGUCAACGGCAGCGUGAAGUCCGGCAUCAGCCCCCACACUGGAGCGAAGAAGCUGGUUGUCAAGAACCUCAAGACCAAUACGAGCUGGGAUAGCAAAGCAUACCUCGAGAAGAUCUGGGGGCAGCUUGAUGAGGCUCUGGCUUUGAUCUUUAAGGAUGGUCAGCAGGGGUUCAGUAAAGAGGAUUUGUACCGCGGUGUGGAGAAUGUGUGCCGACAAGGUGGUGCUUCAACGUUGUUCUCGAGAUUGGAGUCGAGAUGCAAGAGCCAUGUUGAACGGGAUAUGCGGGAACCCCUGGUGGAGAAAGCUGGCCAGGAAGAUGUGACUGUACUGAAGGCUGUGUUGGCCGAGUGGGCGAGAUGGAAGAAACAGAUGGCUGUCAUCCGGGCGAUAUUCUUCUUCUUGGAUCGCAGCUAUUUGCUUUCUUCCAGUAAGCCUACACUGGAUCAAUUCACACCACAGCUGUUCCGGUCGGUGGUCUUCAGCCACGAGGCAUUGAAGUCGAAGAUCGUGGAUGGUGCGUGUACGCUGGUUGCUGGGGACCGAACCUCGACAGCUCCUCUGGAUAAGGAUCUUUAUCAACAAGCCAUUGAUAUGUUUCACGACCUUGGGACAUAUACAUCGUCAUUCGAGCCUCGUUUCUUGGCUUUGUCACAGGAUUACGUUUCCGAGUGGUCAGAACAGAUGAUUACGGAGAAGAGCGUACCGGAGUAUGUUGCUUUGGCGAAUGGAUUGAUUGCCAAGGAGAUGGAGAGAUGCGAAGAGUUCAAGAUGGACAGCAGUACAAGACGAGAGCUGCUAUCGUUGCUGGAAGACCAUCUCAUCGUGCGCAAAGAAGCCGACCUGACCGACUAUGACGCUCUUUCCUCGCUCCUCGAAAACCAUGCGGUGACUGACCUGCAAUUGCUGUACGCGUUGUUGGCUAGAAGAGAUCUUGGAGCCAAGUUAAGGCCUUCAUUCGAGAAGUGGGUCGACAAGACUGGUACCGACAUAGUACUCGGCAAAGAGUCUGACGACAUGAUCAUAAAUCUGCUGUCCCUCAAGAGGUCACUCGACCAGAUAUGGAACACCUCAUUCCAAAGAGAUGAGAGUCUCGGACAUGGCCUGCGCGAGAGCUUCGAGACUUUCAUCAACAAGACGAAGAAGGGCGACGCAACUUGGGGAACUGACAAUACCAAAGUAGGUGAGAUGAUUGCGAAGUACGUCGAUCAACUUCUUCGUGGUGGCGUCAAGGCAAUUCCAGAGGUACUUACCGCGAGGAGGUCUUCGAGCAUCACUGCUGUCCCCGGAAAGCAGCCCGAGGCAGCGGUUGAGGACAAUGAAGAGAUGGAAGUCGACGAGGAUGCAGAAGUCAACAUACAGCUCGACCAAGUGCUUGAUCUAUUCCGCUUCGUCCACGGCAAGGCAGUCUUCGAAGCUUUCUACAAGAAGGAUCUUGCUCGACGGUUACUCAUGGGACGAAGCGCUUCUGCCGAUGCCGAGCGAAGUAUGUUGGCACGCCUCAAGACUGAGUGUGGUAGUGGAUUCACUCAGAACCUGGAGCAGAUGUUCAAGGAUAUCGAGCUGGCUCGGGAAGAAAUGCAAUCGUACAAGCAGCGACUUGAAGAUCGUCUUGGUUUCGAGAAGGGCAAGCAUUUGGAUUUGAACGUCAAUAUCUUGUCUUCGGCGGCCUGGCCGACGUACCCAGAUAUCCCCGUCAUCAUCCCUGCGAAUGUCAAGCGCGCGAUAGAUGAUUUCGAGUUGCAUUACAAGAGCAAGCAUACCGGCCGCAAACUAGAUUGGAAGCAUGCGUUGGCUCACUGUCAAAUGAGGGCCACAUUCAACAAGGGCAGCAAGGAAUUGGUGGUGUCGAGUUUCCAAGCUGUGGUGCUGUUGUUGUUUCAUGGUCUGAAGGAUGACGAACACCUGACCUAUGCCCACAUCUUGUCAGAGACUGGACUGCCCGAACCUGAGGUCAAACGUACCCUUCAGUCCCUGGCCUGUGCCAAACUACGUCCUCUCACAAAACACCCCAAGGGCAAAGACAUCAACGAAACCGACACUUUCACCAUCAACGGAAACUUCGAGCAUCCGAAAUACCGCGUCAAGAUCAACCAAGUGCAGCUCAAGGAGACCAAGGAAGAGAACAAGGAAACGCACAUGCGUGUCGCAGAGGACCGCAACUUCGAAUGUCAAGCGGCGAUUGUGCGGAUUCUCAAGAGCCGCAAGACGAUCUCACAUCAGGAACUUGUCAGCGAAGUCAUCAAGGCGACUAUGAGUAGGGGUGUCUUGGCGGUCAGUGAUAUCAAGAAGAAUAUUGAUCGCUUGAUUGAGAAGGAUUAUAUGGAGAGAGAAGAGGGGAAUAUGUACUCUUACGUUGCAUAA